ACUCGUGUACAUUUAAUCUUUAAAUAGUAGAAGAUUUUACCUAUACAUAAUAGUGUAUACACUAUAUGAAAUUUACACUCUAGUACGUAUGACCAGUUAUACCUAUCAGUGACCAACACAUGAGAAGUACCGUCAUCAUGCUGAACUGUUCCAAUGAAUAUCCACGGACCGAAGUUUUGUACAGAGAUCUGAAAGAAAACCAGUGGCCUGACGUGAUCGUGACUUUGACAAUAUGUUGUAUAUUAUGUGUGGCGAUGGUAAUAAUAUACAUAGAGGCAGUAUACUUUGUGUUCAGAUUUCACAGCAACAAACGACAGACAAUAAGGAUCAUGUUCUUACUAGCUCUAUGUCCUAUCAUUGGAUGGACUUCAUUGUUAGCAAUUCUAGUACCAACUGCAACAUUACUUAGCGAAUUUACUGCCUCAAUAUACGUUGGUGUCUGUAUAGUAGUUUUUCUAAACAUGUUAUUGGAGUAUCUCGGUGGGACUACACAACUGUUAGCCGACAUGUCUGAUCAGACGUUAUCAUUCGGAACUCCUCCUUGUUGUUGUUGCUGUAUGUGCUGUAAAUGCUGUAGAUUUCCUUUUAAUAAGAAGACCUUACGAAUUGCAUCAAUAUUUACCCUACAGAUUGCAAUAGUUCGACCUAUUGUAUUGUUUGUAGCGGCAGUGCUGUGGACAGAUGGCAAAUACGCAUCAGGAGACGAGGGAGAACAGUCGAGCAUUACCUUUCCCAUCCAGGUUUUUAGUGGAGUGUCAACGAUUUUGGGAGUCUGGGGACUUCAAAUAGUCUACCGGGCCACAAGAGACAGAUUAUCCAUGUUUAAAGUUAAUUUAAAAUUUGCAUCAUUCCAGCUAACUUUCGCGAUAGUCAACCUACAAAACUUUAUAUUAGCAAUUUUAGGAAGAAACGGAAUACCGGCUUGCAAAGGUAGUAGAGGACCUUUAAUGCGUGGUUCAAGACUGAAUCACUAUUUGUUGGUGGUAGAAAUGUUUCUGCUCUGCAUUUUAUCACGAUUCGCCUAUCGUCGACAGGAGGCAAAAAACAUACAGGAGUAUAGUAUGGAGGGCGUGGCAUCCAGUAUUAAAGAUUCCAGCGACAAAGAAGUAAAUGGCGUUGAUAACUUUGUUGAUGUAGCAACUGAUGAUGGCUCUAGAUUAUACAGAUACCAACAGUGAUAUUAAAAAACCGGAUGAUAUUAUUGAUAUUGAACACUUAUAUGCUCAAAUUCAAACAUGUUUACUUACCUCAUAUUUACUGUUUACUUCUAUUAAUAACAUAAAUACAUUUUAUAGUCA